AUUUGGUCACCAUCUCGCCUUGCUAACUAUCUUGAAGCUUCAAAUUUACGCCGACUUUACAACAAAACAGCUAUCUUUCACACUAAGUAGACAUAGCCAACUUUACACUUCACUGACAAAAGCACAAAUAUCCACAAUGGUUUGCCGUUUCAUCACCGUCGUAUUGCUAUGCAGUUAUGCUUUACAAGUCCUUGGUUCACCAAUUCCUUCUGAAACUAAUUCUUCGUGGUCCUCAGAUGCACUUUUCCAUAUUGUGCAAGAAACCUCUCAUACUACAAAAAUUGUAGUUGGAAACGUAUUGCAGUAUUAUUGUGACAACAUGUGGUACUUUCCCGGUGUUGAAUGUAAAGAUUUUAUCGAGCACCUAACCAAUUUAACGAAUAAAACUUUUCCCGAAUUACACCUGAGAGAAGAUUUGAAUUUCACAAACUACGACGAUUUCGAGAUGGCUUUAGUAAACAUGACCGCCGUAAUUUCACAAUACAACACCAGUAUCGAAAGCCAACUAAACAGAGAACUCAGCUAUCUUUGUGCUCCUGCAAAGGAACUCGGAGUUCCCUGCUAUUAUCCAAAUGCUUGUUUUCAAGGAACUUUCAGUAAUGAUGCCACAUUUUUCUGUCAUUUGCGGAAUGCCAAUUCACUCUUGAAAGAUCUGAAGCUACUUUUAACGCAGAUGGUAACAACUUACAGUUUUGAAAACACCACCGUUGACAACGAUUUAUUGGUCAAGUCAGAUACCCCUUUGGUAUGGAGCCGAUGGUUUUCAAUGGUCACUCUCCAUCAUCUACAAAAUCUACUUAAUCAAGUGGAUGACAAGCUUCGAUUAGAAUUUUAAUCAAAUAUUUCAGAUGUGUGAGCGCGCGCGUGUGUAUGCGCAUGUGUGUAUUGUUUGAAAAUUAUGUAUUUAUCAUUUUAAAUUAAUAUUUAUAUAUAACUUAUAGCGAGCACCGUAAAAGAGGGAAGAAAUGGCCAAUCAUUUCCGCGAUACGGAAUUAAUAGUCUAUACUCUGUCACUUCACCUACGCUGCUAAUACCCCUGGGAAAGGUAUGAACGCUACCGUUUCCACAUCAGAUUUCUUCUGAAAACAUAUAGGGCAUAUGUUUGUCAUUGAACGUCGAGAAAAAAGAUCAAUAUUUAUAUAAACUACAUUAUGAAUGAAAAGAUAUAUUUUUGUAAAUCAAUUUUUUAAAUAAUAAUAAAUUUACGUAAAUCAAUUCA